CGAAAGCUUAGUGAUAAAAGCAAAUUCAAAUAUUAUUUUUAGUCAUUGUAUUAUGUACCAAUGUACCAAUAAUGAUAAUAAUAAUAAUUUUACUUUAAAAUAUAUGUAAUGUGAUGUUAGUUUGAUAAAAUAAAUAUUAUCACUCAGAUAAUUUUAAAUAUAUUUCUAAUCAAAUCGAGGUAAUCAAGCAUUAAUCAAGUCUACCCGACUCGGUACAUCUUUAUCUGACUGACAUUGAAAUUUGACAGAUAUUGGUUGAACCGUCUGCCGCCUGUUUACAAUUUACGAAUUAGGUUUUUAUUUUCAAAAUAAAACUAAUAAAAUGGCUAGCGAAAAUAAUGUAAUAGAAAAAAUAACUGCUAUUAAUAAAAUAAACCCAACAGAAUUUGAUGUUACAGUAAGCGCAUUAUUGUUGGGUGUAGGUGCUGAAAAAUAUCUGGAUAUUUUUAAAAAACAUAAUAUUGGUCAGUGCACUCUAACAGAAUUGACUAAUGAAGAUUUAAUAAAGUUAGGAAUUGAUGAUGCUGAUAUUAGGAAUCGAUUACUUGAGGAGGUGAAGAAUCUGCCGCUUUAUAGUAAGACCUCAUCAGAGUUAUCUAAAAUUAAUAAUAAUCUAAGUCUGAUAGAGAUAGUGGAAACACUUGAAGAAAGUUCCCAACAUCUAUACAGAAUAUACUUAAGUGUCCUAGCUAAUACAUUAGCUAUAAAAAAAACAAAGAACAUAACAGAUUGUUUGGUUUAUAAAGAUAAAUAUGCAUCAGAUCUAGCAAUAUCAACUUUGAGUGAAAUAACAAAUAUUUUAAACUCAAUGGAUAUAGCUUUACAUACACAAUUAAAGACAAUAACAACAGACUCCAGAAAAAACAGAAAUAAGAAGAUAAUAAUUGGUACUAUUGGCAGUGUUGUAAUAGUUGGGUUAACAUUGUUAUUUGUGCGCUCAUUAAAAGAUUUAAAAUAGUAACAAUAAAUUACAGAUUAGUUAUAUUUACUGGUUUAUAAUAUUAUUUUAUAAUAUAUUGUGAGGAAAUUGUUUCUUAU